CCCGAGCCGGCCUGGGGCCGAGGCCGCGCGAGCAGCGCUGCGAGCGAACAUGGCAGCAGCAUGAGGAGGCUGGCGCCGGGUCCUGGCCGCCGCGGCCGCGCUGCAGCUCGGGAUCCGCGCCUGGCGCGCCGUGAGCCGCAUCCUUAGCCGGCCUCCCGGUGGCCGCCGGAUUAUCUCAUUGGGAGCGGAGCGUGGCGCAGAGAGGGGACCCCGCCGCCGAGCGGGUCCGAGCCCCGGUAAGGGUGUCGAAGCUCGUGUGUGCCCCUCGCCGGUUGCGGAAACGACGCGGGAGACAGCCGGUGCCGGGCUGCGGCGGCGCGGGGAUGAGCCGGCCAUGGAGCGGCCUCGGCGGGGCGCACGGAGCCGGCCCGCGCUGCUGAGGGAGCGCCGCCUGAACCCGAGCUCCGCGGGGCUCCGGGGCCUGGGGCGCCCUGGGGGCGUCCCCGCCACGGCCUCCGGGAAGCACAGGAGCCCCGCGUGGCGGACACUGCCGCAGUCAUCGGACUGAGGCGCGGACUCCGCCUGCAGCCCGGUGCGCUCUCGGGAGCCGGGCGCCUUGCCCGGCGCACGGCGGCGAGGUCGGCGGCAGGAGCCGCGGGGCAGGACCAGCUGGAGGGGUGUGGGUGUGUGUGCGUGCGCGCGUGUUCGGCUGGAGAUCCGGGCAGAAGCCAAGCCCGGCGGACCUGAGCAGCCAUGCUUCCCGGGGUGGGCGUGUUCGGCACCAGCCUCACGGCCCGAGUCAUCAUCCCGCUGCUUAAAGACGAGGGCUUCGCGGUGAAGGCUCUGUGGGGCCGCACGCAGGAAGAAGCGGAGGAGCUGGCCAAGGAGAUGAGCGUCCCCUUCUACACCAGCCGCAUUGACGAGGUGCUGCUGCACCAGGACGUGGACCUGGUGUGCAUCAACCUACCGCCGCCGCUCACCAGGCAGAUCGCUGUCAAAACCUUGGGCAUCGGCAAGAACGUCAUCUGCGACCGCACGGCCACGCCGCUGGACGCCUUCCGCAUGAUGUCGGCUGCCCACUACUACCCCAAGCUCAUGAGCAUCAUGGGCAACGUGCUGCGCUUCCUGCCGGCCUUCGUGCGCAUGAAGCAGCUCAUCGAGGAGGGCUACGUGGGCGAACUGCUCGUGUGCGAGGUGCAGGUGCACAGCGGCAGCCUGCUGGGCAAGAAGUACAACUGGAGCUGCGACGACCUGAUGGGCGGCGGCGGCCUGCACUCGGUGGGCACCUACAUCAUCGACCUGCUCACCUUCCUCACCGGCCAGAAGGCCGUCCGCGUCCACGGGCUGCUCAAGACCUUCGUCAAGCAGACCGACCACAUCAAGGGCAUCCGCCAGAUCACCAGCGACGACUUCUGCACCUUCCAGAUGGUGCUGGAGGGCGGCGUGUGCUGCACCGUCACCCUCAACUUCAACGUGCCCGGCGAGUUCAAGCAGCACGUGACGGUGGUGGGCGCGGCCGGGCGCCUGCUGGCCGCCGGCACUGACCUCUACGGGCAGCGCAACAGCGCCGCGGCGCAGGAGCUGCUGCUGCAGGACGCCACGCCCGUGAGCAACUCCCUGCUGCCCGACAAGGCCUUCAGCGACAUCCCCGCGCCCUACCUGCGCGGCACCAUCAACAUGAUGCAGGCCGUGCGCCAGGCCUUCCAGGACCAGGACGACCGGCGCACCUGGGACGGCCGGCCGCUCACCAUGGCCGCCACCUUCGACGACUGCCUGUACGCCCUGUGCGUGGUGGACACCAUCAAGAGGUCCAGCCAGACCGGCGAGUGGCAGGACAUCGCCGUCAUGACGGAGGAGCCCGAGCUCAGCCCCGCCUAUCUGAUCAGCGAGGCCAUGCGCCGCAGCAGGAUGUCCCUGUACUGUUAAUGCCCACCGGGGAGAGGAGGGGGCUGGGGCCCAGGGAGGGGGAGAGGA